AUGGUGGAUAUAAUAUUGAAUUAUUUCUUGGAUGAUAUGGGCGAUCAUUCCAAAAAGAAGUCUGGGUUGGCGAUGUGUGUCGGCUGCGGAAGUCAGAUCCAUGAUCAGUAUAUCCUUCGGGUCUCCCCCGAUCUGGAGUGGCACGCGACUUGCCUGAAAUGCGCAGAAUGCAGCCAGUAUCUCGAUGAGACUUGUACUUGCUUUGUCCGCGAGGGGAAGACCUACUGCAAGAGAGAUUAUGUAAGACUUUUCGGAAUCAAAUGCGCAAAAUGCAGCUUGGGCUUCAGUCGUAAGGACCUGGUCAUGCGCGCGCGGGACACCCUCUAUCACAUCCCGUGUUUCCGCUGUGGGGUCUGUAGCCGGCAGCUCAUACCAGGGGAUGAGUUCUCCGUACGAGAUGACGAACUAUUGUGUAGAAAAGAUCACGGAUUACUACUGGAGCACGAAAUGGGUUCACACAGCCCAGACCAUAUCCACAACAGAGUGUUACAUAUGGCAGCGGAUCCGAUGUCGGUCCGACCGGCGCCACACAGGAAUCCUGUGCACAGACAAUCAGAAAAGACCACGCGAGUGCGAACUGUGCUGAACGAAAAGCAACUACACACUUUACGCACGUGCUACAACGCAAACCCACGGCCGGACGCGCUCAUGAAGGAGCAGCUGGUUGAGAUGACGGGUCUGACCCCGCGGGUCAUUCGGGUCUGGUUCCAAAACAAGCGGUGCAAAGACAAGAAAAGAUCUAUACUAAUGAAGCAGCUACAACAGCAGCAACACGGCGAUAAGACCAAUCGUCAGGGCCUGACGGACACUGCGCUGAUCGCGGGAAGCCCUGUCAGGCCUGACGCUUCCGUGCCCGGCCAUCCGGUGGAGGUGCACACCUACCAGCCGCCUUGGAAGGCCCUGGGCGAGUUCGCGCUCCAGAGGGAUCUGGAGCAACCGGUUUUCCAGCAGCUGGUAUCUUUCUCGGAAUCGGGAUCUAGAAGCAACUCAUCGGGCAGUGAUGUGACUUCUUUGUCAUCACAAUUACCGGACACUCCGAAUAGUCUGGUAGCCAAUAGUAUGGUACCGAGCCCGAUGGAGUCGUGAGAACGAUAGUGUCCUCGUGCCUGGACUAACAGUCAGUCCGUCUGAAGCACGAGUCACGGGGUUUCAUAGGAAAGUGGGUUUCCCAUCAGACAGCUGACCGGACAAUUCCGGCGGACAAAUCUCGCGUGCUGAAAAGAAACUAUAGUGAGAAUCUUUUCUAAGUUGAGCAGUGUGAACGAAACCGAACGGAUGCAAACCGCACAGUCAUACUAAAAAUGUAUUCAAAAUGGGCAUCUGUAUCUCUCUCUGACAUUUUUAUACGAAUCAUUAGGGACUCCGAAAGAUAGGAAUGAUGUUGACAGAAUUGUUUAUAUAAAGUACAGGCCUUUCUAAGUGGAUUAGUGACAGACAUUUUGUGCCUCUUGAGCAAAGUAAUUUAUUGUUAGGGUUAGUAAUGGUAAAAUUACUUAUGGUAAUUUAUUGUUCUAAUCAUUCAUACAGAAAUAAAGCUGAGCGAGGUGAUUGUGAGUUUGUGGGUUUAGCGUUCGGGUCUGGAGACCUUUAAGAAGACAGGCUUACUAAACUGCGACAUUCAACACGAGUUUAUCGAUGAUAUACCAUAAAACUAAUUACCACAAACAGACCUGUAUUGCUUCUUAUGCACAUCAUAUUAUUUGUAGGAAUUGGGGGUUGGAAAA